CAAUCAUUAACUGCGGGUCCCCGGGGCACGGGCUUCAUAAGGAGCUGGCUACACCUGGUAGGCAUUGUCUGCAGCCUCACACCGAACAGCCAGCAUCGGACACCAAGCUCAGCUGCCUGUCUGAGAGCAGCCACCUCCUCGCCUUUGCCGCCUGCACCCAGCACUGGCGACUGUCCAGUGAGCGCCAUCCACUGCCCACCACCCUCGCCCAGUGAUGCCCGAAGUCCCAGCUGCUGGCCCUGGGUUGCUCCUGCUCCUUCUGGCCAUCCAGGUUGCUGUGGUAGCCAGUGAGCCCCAGCCCUGGCACUGCGCACCCUGCUCUGCUGAACGCCUGGCGCUCUGCCCGCCAGUGCCUGCCUCAUGCCCAGAGAUCUCCCGGCCCGCAGGCUGUGGGUGCUGCCUGGCAUGUGCCCUGCCACUUGGCGCUUCCUGCGGUGUAGCCACUGCACGCUGUGCCCAGGGGCUCAGCUGCCGUGCACUGCCAGGGGAGCCCAGGCCCUUGCAUGCCCUCACCCGUGGCCAGGGUGCCUGUGUGCUGGAACCCGCUGUGCCCACCUUGGAGGCUGUAUUCAGUGCCGAAGAGGCCGAGGCCCGCCUUGUCCCCAAGCGCGAGGGCCCUGAGAGUGGGGAGAUGACGGAGAAGCAGCUGCUGGAGAGUUUCCACCUGAUGGCCCCCUCCGGGGAAGACCUGCCCAUCCUCUGGAAUGCCAUCAGCACCUACAACAGCAUGCAGGCCCGAGACGUCACAGACAUCAAGAAAUGGAAGGAGCCGUGCCAGAGAGAACUCUACAGGGUCCUGGAGCAAUUAGCCCAUGCUCAACAGAAGGCAGGGGAAGAAAUCUACAAAUUUUACCUGCCAAACUGCAACAGGAAUGGAUUCUAUCACAGCAGACAGUGUGAGACGUCCCUGGAUGGAGAAGCAGGGCUGUGCUGGUGCGUCUACCCCUGGAGUGGGGAGAAGAUCCCUGGCUCUCUGGAGACCCGAGGGGACCCCAACUGCCAGCAGUAUUUUACUGUACCAAACUGAACAUGAUGCACUGUAUGUUCUUUCACAUGAAAUAUUUAAGUAUAUAGUAUAUUUAUACUCUAGAUCACACACAUUUUUAUAUAUGCGCAUAUGUAUAUAUACAGGAACUAGUUUUUAUACUCCACACAUGACUUGAUAUAUAAAACUGGUUUAUAUUUAUUCACUGUAAGUUUAUUUUUUUCUAACUUGUGCUAUAGUAAUUUAUACACCACAAAACACUUUUUAUCACCUUAUGUGUAAAUACUUGUAAACUCUUUAUGUUUUUCAAGAGUACAGAUUGAUACUGCCCAGAAAAUGCACAAGGAAAUGUAAGGCAGUGAUUUUUCAAGAGAUUUCAGGGGCAAUGAAUCUAUAUUUAAGAAUGAUUUACUCUGGAAAUUGGCAGGGAAAGUUAAAAAGUUAAAAUGUUGCUUAUGUAAUCAGUGCUAGCUGAAGCUAUGUAAAUUGCCACAUGAGACACAUUGUUAGACACAACACAGUCUAGUGGAAACAUUUGGAAUAAACACUGCCAGGUGGCCAUUGAUUGAAAUGUA